AAAGUCAAAACAAAGCGUGGAUUGACCGGCGUACGGAAGUGGUUUUGUCUCCGGGCAUCUGUAAUAUGUGAAAAUGGGAGCUGUUACCUAUGUCAAAAUCAGUUAGCUUACUUGAAGGGGAAUAUUAAUGCAACACGUUUGGCUAUUAUUGUUUCGCCAUCAGCAGAAAAAAGCGAAAUAUAUAUAGCUAGCUUGUUAGCUAGCUUUAAGCGCAAGCAGCCAUGCCGUCGUACUCUGAACUGAAGAAAACCAACCACUUCUACUACUUCAUCAAAUUUACUUUAAAUGUCUACUCAAUGCUCUUCUCGCUAAUGGGUCUUUGUGUGCUGUGUGUGGGGGUGUAUGCUGAAGUGGAAAGGCAGAAGAAUCGAACGCUGGAGGGCCUUUUCCUAGCUCCUGCCGUUGUUCUCAUCCUGCUGGGUCUAGUGAUGUUCACUGUGUCAGUGGUGGGGAUGGUUGGAUCCCUCCGGGACAAUAAGACUCUGUUGCACAUGUUCCUCUGUGUUCUCUGUGUGCUGCUCCUUCUCCAAGCAGUUGCACUCAUCACAGCUCUCAUCUUUGAAAAAAAGACAUCUGCCUUGUUUCAGAGCAGUAUACGAGAGGGAAUUAAACACUACUAUGAUGAUCUGGACUUCAAAAACAUUUUGGACUAUGUGCAGCAGAAGUUUUCCUGUUGUGGAGGAGAUGAGUAUAAGGACUGGGGAGUCAAUCAGUACCAUUUUUGCAAUAGUACUGGCCCACUAGCCUGUGGGGUUCCAUAUACUUGCUGUGUCCGUCACAAGGUGGGAGAGGUCAUCAACACUUUAUGUGGUUACAAAACUCUGGAUCAACAGCGUGAAACCCUGCAUGAGGUGAUUCAUGUGCGAGGCUGCAUCCAUGCUGUCAACCUCUGGAUGACUGACAACAUUGGAAUAACUGUUGCACUCUGCUGCGCUAUUGGGCUGCCACAGCUGUUGGGAAUUAUCCUGAGCUGUGUCUUCUGGAACUUGCUGGUGGACAUGAGUGAGUCAGCUGACAUGGUGGACUUCAAGCUUAAGAAGCUUCAGUUUGAGUACAACGAGCUAGACCUGGCUGGCGCUGGCUGGUGUAUGUGCCUGCCAAGGGAUGGCGGUUACCUACCGGUCCCUGACUCUGAGCCCGAACUCGACCCCAUCGACGUGCACUUGGAGAAGCUCAAGAAGCAACAACCUCGCACGCACUCUCAGCUUCGAGAACUACAGCAGUCCAGAUCAGCGUCGGGUUUGGACGAGGUAGACGCUGGCCAAAAGCAAAAAAGGAAACACUGAGCUGUCUUUCAGCUCUUUCUUGCCUUUUGGGUUUUUGCCUUUUUUGUCACUGUAAUCAUUUUAAUGUGUUGCAGUUGUCACACUACUUAGGUUGACGUUGUCAUUUAUUAGAUGAAGAGAAAUGUUGUCAGAAAAGGGGAUCAGAAGAAUUUGGGCACUUUGAUCAAUUUGUUUACAACUAAUUUUGAAUAAAAAAUGCAACCUUUUACUUUUUACAAAUAUUUAUUUUGUUUUUGUUGCUAGCAACAGAUUUUAUGACAUUACAUCACAUUUUAAUUUAUUUGUUUUUCAGCCUUUGAAAUUGAGCUGUGUCUCAUGUGCUAAAGCUUACCUCAGGCUGUUUUAAAAAUAGCCCAGUAGUCAGAGCACAGUUCUAUUUAGUGUGUAAAUUUAAAAGUAGCUUGAAAAGAGUUUUUUUUUCCCAGUGUCUGAGAAAUAGGAAUAGCAAAGUAUGUUUUGCGUGGUACAUGUUUGUGAAGAGUGUAUAUAGUUUGUGUAUCAUUUCUUUUUAUUAUGAUUCCAGUUUGAUUUUGUGAUAUCAGUGAACACUGUAAGACUGAUAGUUGUGGAAUAACAUGGGAUGCAUGUUUUGUACUCUAUACGAUGUAACUUAAAGAAGAUGUGGUGGGGGAAAUCAAAAACUCAUUCUACAUGUCUGCCUCUUAUCCCGGUAACAUCUACUACAUUUCUAAACAAAGCUUUUUAUUCUUUCAUCUUUAAAAGGGAUUCUUGAAACUACAAAUCAAUAAAAAUUCCUGACAAUUUUUGUAUCUGAGUUAUGCACUGUAUUUGAGCUUCCCCCUAGCUCCUGCCUUGUACCAACACUACCAUUCUUGUCAAUAAAGCAAAAUUUGUCUACUGA